CCGGGAAGUCGCGCGUGCGCAGUCUGGGCCCCGGACCGCCCGGCCAAGCCCCUCUCUGCGGCGAGGUCCGUCCUGCCUUGGCUCCUCCGUGCUGCCGUCUUUUCCGGCAGUUGGGGCGCUUCCUGUUGUCCUCACCCGCAACUCUUCCUCGGCCCCUAUCACAGAGCCUCUCACGCGUCUCCUCCCUUCCCCUGGCUCCCCGGCUGCUGGCGCUGGGGCUUCGCCUGUCUGCACGUCGCGAGCGCCGGCCGGCGGGGCGUCUGAGGCUGCCCGCCGCCCCCAGCCCUGCCUGCCCCGGGGUCUGCAGCCAUGGCAAUGACAGGCUCAACACCUUGCUCGUCCAUGAGUAAUCACACAAAGGAAAGGGUGACAAUGACCAAAGUAACACUGGAAAAUUUUUAUAGCAACCUUAUUGCUCAGCAUGAAGAACGAGAAAUGAGACAAAAGAAGCUAGAAAAAGUGAUGGAGGAAGAAGGCCUAAAAGAUGAAGAGAAACGACUCCGAAGGUCAGCACAUGCCCGGAAGGAAACAGAGUUUCUUCGUUUGAAGAGAACAAGACUUGGAUUGGAAGAUUUUGAAUCCUUAAAAGUAAUAGGCAGAGGAGCAUUUGGUGAGGUACGGCUUGUUCAGAAGAAAGAUACCGGGCACGUGUAUGCAAUGAAAAUACUCCGUAAAGCAGAUAUGCUUGAAAAAGAGCAGGUUGGCCACAUUCGUGCGGAGCGAGACAUUCUAGUGGAGGCAGACAGUUUGUGGGUUGUGAAAAUGUUCUAUAGUUUUCAGGAUAAGCUAAACCUCUACCUAAUCAUGGAGUUCCUGCCUGGAGGGGACAUGAUGACCUUGUUGAUGAAAAAAGACACUCUUACAGAAGAGGAGACUCAGUUUUAUAUAGCAGAAACAGUAUUAGCCAUAGACUCCAUUCACCAACUUGGAUUCAUCCACAGAGACAUCAAACCAGACAACCUUCUCCUGGACAGCAAGGGCCAUGUGAAACUUUCUGACUUUGGCCUUUGUACAGGACUGAAAAAAGCACAUAGGACAGAAUUUUAUAGGAAUCUGAACCACAGCCUGCCUAGCGACUUCACUUUUCAGAACAUGAAUUCCAAAAGGAAAGCAGAAACCUGGAAAAGAAAUAGACGUCAGCUAGCCUUCUCCACAGUAGGCACUCCUGACUACAUUGCUCCUGAGGUCUUCAUGCAGACCGGGUACAACAAGCUCUGCGAUUGGUGGUCGCUUGGGGUAAUCAUGUAUGAGAUGCUCAUCGGCUAUCCACCUUUUUGUUCUGAGACCCCUCAAGAGACAUAUAAGAAGGUGAUGAACUGGAAGGAGACAUUGACUUUUCCUCCAGAAGUCCCCAUCUCUGAGAAAGCCAAGGAUCUAAUUUUGAGAUUCUGCUGUGAUUGGGAACAUAGAAUUGGAGCCCCUGGAGUUGAGGAAAUAAAAAGCAACUCUUUUUUUGAAGGUGUUGACUGGGAACAUAUCAGAGAGAGACCUGCUGCAAUAUCUAUUGAAAUCAAAAGCAUUGAUGAUACCUCAAACUUUGAUGAGUUUCCAGAAUCUGAUAUUCUUAAGCCAACAGUGGCCACAAGUAAUCACCCUGAGACUGACUACAAGAACAAAGACUGGGUCUUCAUCAAUUACACAUACAAGCGCUUCGAGGGCCUGACUGCAAGAGGGGCGAUACCUUCCUACAUGAAAGCAACGAAAUAGUGCCCUUGUCAUGGGAUCUUAAGUAGAGUGGAGUUCUCUUUACUACAUCAUGGUUUUUCUCCCAUACUCUUGAAAGCGCUUCCAAGAAGCUUAUGGAACCCACCAAUAUGUCAUAGUAAAAUCGCCUGAAAUGUGAUAGUAAGUGGAUUUUCUUCCAUCAUGUAUCUGAAAGCCGACAGAAUGAAGACAACCACUUCUACUACAUCAUUCAUAAAGCUGUCCUGCUUCUUCAGAAGCAUCAUGAGCCAAUUUGAUAGGUGUUUUAAGAACAACCUGAAUUUUCCUAAGUUCAUCAGAAUAAGGGGAAAAGCUGCCAUCAUCCAUCAUUGAGAUUAUAACACAUACUACUCAUUGAAUAUCAGCCAGUUCCUGUGAUUUUGUAACAUGUGGUCUGCCAAGCCCACCAAGUAUUUCUUCUUCUUUAUAGUAAAAGUUCCCUAGUACUAAGGAAAUAAAGCAAUAAUGAAAGUCUCAGCAGCCAGCAUCUGGCUGAAGGAAGUGACCCACCAUUGUGAGGGGUGGUGAUGGUAGUUUCUCCCUGUACCUCGGCCUCCAGCCAGUGGCUUUUUAUAGCCUCCAUUCAUGGUGCACUUUAUUUAUGGUACUAAGAUAAAGACCCUCAAUGCAUUGACGUAUCUUCCCCCUCCCCCCAUCUUAAAUACUCAUGCUGCUUUUCUGAGUGUCGAUGGGGGGGAUGCCAGCUUGAUCCCUUGCUCUUAGAAGGCCCAAAAAGCCAUUGGGCAUUGCCAAGGAAUCCCGGAUCAUGUGGAAAGCCCUCACCUUUUCUUCACAGCUGUUGUCAGAAAACCCCGGACAGAUGAUGUGUGGACCAGCAAUAUCUGCAGGUGCUGCCAACAGGAAAUUAGUUUAUUUCUGAACUAUAACUAGGAGAGCCCAGGCAGAGGCAGGAGACCUGGGACCCUAUUGGCUAAGGUGCUGCUCCUGUUCCUGCAAGGUCUCCAGAACCUCCUGGGAAGGGUGAAGGAACCAGCCUUCACUUUCAAUAGAAAGUACAGAGGCAGCUGACAAGCCCUUGUAAAAGGUCACUCCUUAGUUCUGGUGCAACUGCAUUUUGUCUUCUCUUGGUAUUUCUUCUCUCCCAACUUUAAGUAGCCAUUUUGCCUUGGAAUCAUGACUACACAUUUUUCCUUUGCAGAUGCCUUCCUGGGGGAUAUUCCUCCCCACCCUAAAGGGUUGCUGCAGCUCGGGCUGUGGUGUUCUCUCAUGAGAGGCCCUUAGAAUUUUAGCACAAAGUGCCUUCUCUUUCACAGCUGCCACCACCUAUAGAGGAAUUUUGUCAGAAGAACGUGGAGGCUCCAUAUUAAUGCAUUAUUACUUUUUUUAAGGUUUUGAUAACCCUUGAAAGCAUCCUUUGCACCUGUGUGGGAACUUUGCCUGUUGCAGGGCAUCAUGGCCAAGCUGUGACUGGGAGACUGGUUUCUGCCAGUCUUGAGGUUGUGAAGAUCAGCUUUGGAAGGAAAGUAUCCUAGUUUAGCCAUUCUGGAAUGAAAAAUGGAAUAUCAGAGUUAGAGUUGUUAAUGAAACUGCUUUUGAGUUUUGACAUCUUAGAGGAAGGAAAAAAGAAGACAGGGAAGUCUUAACUCUGGAGGAAGGUAAUGUGUUUGCCCCUUACUCUUGCAUCCAUAGCCUGUUAAUGAAAAGGAAGUGAGAUUCUUUUGUGUAACUUGGUAGUUUCUUUGUAUUACCAAAUCGUCGAGGUCUUCACCUCGUGUGUUUCGCAAGUGUGUGUGGUGAGCGCGGGCAGAGAGAAGUGACUGGAGCAGCGGAAGUCUCUGUUGGGGAGUGGCAGAGGAUGAUUUUAGGGGGAAAUGCCCACCUUUUCUUUCAAGUUUCUGAAUAAACUGUGUGAAAACAA